GUAGAGGAGGAGCUAGAGGAGAGCAUUAGAUCAUUCAAUUAAAUUAAUCAUGGUUAAGCUCGCAAUCGGAAGCAUUGGUGACUCGUUGAGCGUCGGAUCGUUCAAGGCCUACUUGGCCGAGUUCAUUGCGACGCUGCUCUUUGUUUUCGCCGGUGUCGGCUCCGCCAUUGCUUAUGGGAAGUUAACGGCCGGUGCGGCACUGGACCCGGCCGGGCUGGUGGCGGUGGCGGUCGCGCAUGCGUUGGCCCUCUUUGUCGGGGUCUCCAUAGCCGCCAACAUCUCCGGCGGCCACCUCAACCCCGCCGUCACCUUCGGCCUCGCUGUCGGCGGCCACAUCACCAUCCUCUCCGGCAUCUUCUACUGGGUGGCCCAGCUGCUCGGCGCCUCCGUUGCCUGCCUCCUCCUCAAGUUCGUCACCGGCGGAUCGGCCGUGCCGACCCACAGUGUGGCGGCCGGGAUGAGCGAGUUGGCGGGAGUGGUGAUGGAGAUCGUUAUCACCUUUGCACUUGUGUACACCGUCUACGCGACGGCGGCGGACCCGAAGAAGGGUUCGCUAGGCACCAUCGCCCCGAUCGCGAUCGGAUUCAUCGUCGGUGCGAACAUCCUCGCGGCUGGACCGUUCAGCGGCGGCUCCAUGAACCCGGCACGUUCCUUCGGUCCCGCGGUGGCCGCCGGAGACUUCUCCGGCAAUUGGGUCUACUGGGUCGGGCCGCUCAUCGGUGGUGGGCUCGCGGGCCUCAUCUACGGUGACGUUUUUAUUGGAUCGUAUCAGCCCGUUGGGGCCCAGGAUUAUCCAUAGAGGAAGCAUUUACAAUGUUGAACAGCUGCUGCUUUACUCCUUAAUUUCCUCUAUCCCCCCCUCUCUCUGUUUGCUAUGCUUUUACUUAUAAUAAAUGUGCAUAUUGUAUGUAUGUUUUGUAAAAAUAUGUAUUUUUCACUGCGAUUGAAUGAAUGGUUGUGCUUCCUUAGCGUUCAA